UUUUUUUGUUUUUAAAUCUAAUGCUGGAUUGCGUGUAGCAAAACAGAAUCUAUCCAUUUUUUUAAGUAGCGAGGUAUGACUAUUUACAGCAAUCUCUCCUUCAAUCUCUCUCUCUCUCGAGAAAGAAUCUAGGGUUUUUACGCAGUGAAUCUUGCUUCCCAGCUGCUGGAGUACCAUGAAUUAUUUUGUGAGGUACUAGUGGCUGAGAGGGGGGAGUAUCAUAUCCUUGUAUAAUGGCUACAGAGAGUCCAAUUAGAAUGCCGGAAGCCAGUCGAAAAUGGCCAAAUCACAAGGAGACUGCAUCUUUUGUAACACCAACUGCUAAUAUGGCGGCAGAGGAGUUAGUAUUGCUUAGGAAGAGUCCUAUCGUUCAUGGGAAUGGAAAGGAUACAGUUCCUAAUCGAAGUGGGAGUGCACCCCCUAACAUGGAGGGCUCGUUUUUGGCUAUAGAUAACCUCCUGUCACAGCAGAGCUUUAGCAUGAAUUCUAGCUUGCCAAGUCUGAAUGGUGCUGCCGAUCGGUCGUAUUUAGCCUAUUAUCGCGCCAAUGUCAAUCUGAACCCUAGAAUUUCUUCAGCACGGAUCUCAAGGGAGAAUCAGCAUCUCAUGCACCAUAUUGGUGCCCUUUCUACACACAAGGAAGAGUCUGAGGAUGAUUGCUCUCCGCAACAGUCCCCUGAUGGUAUUUUGGAUCAGACAAAUCGGUUUUGGGCUGGACAUAAUGCAGCUCAUUUGGCAGGCCAACAGCAUAAUUUGGUUGAUUUCAUACAG